UGGAGUUGCCGUACGUUGUUUGAGCACUGCUGCCGAACCGCUGCACCCUAAACAACGAUCUGGCUUCGAUUGUAAAAGGAAGAAUAAAAAAAUUAUUAAAAAGAAAACUAACCGAACUUUUUUAUUCUCGAAUUGUGGCUAAACGCACAUUAGCCUCGAAGCAGGACGCCCGUAAUUACUUCAUUGGACCAAAAUAUUAUUUCAAGCUUCUGGGCCUAGCUUAGCUUAGUUAGCAUAGCUUGCGAGCCGCUUUGUCGCGAAGCAAAGAUCAAGUCUGAACGUAAACUGUUGUGAUAUUUUCGAAAAAUGUGCGCAAGACGAAUCUCAGAGUACAAGGAGCAACUUUAUGGGAAAAAAGAAGACAGCGAGGCUGUUUUCAAGAUGUCUCGAUUUGGUUCACGGCGACCAGACAUCAGCGAAGAUGCUUGUCCUGAGCGGUUGGAUGCAGAGACUUCUCACAUUAAAGAGGAAGAGGAGAACAACGAGGUACCCCAGUUGAAAGAGGAAGGAGAGCAGCAGGCCCCUUCAUGUAAGAAAGAGGAGGAGGUAGAGCACCUUUGCACGAAAGUGGAGGUGGAUGAGCCUCCCGACGUCAAAGAAGAGGAGGAGGAGAAGGGGAUCUGCAAGUUGCCAUCGACUGGUGUCCCUCUGAAGAGUAUAAAUGAGGCGGACAGAGAGGCGGAGCCUCCAAGCAGCAGCUCAUGUCAACAGAUGACAACACAAGGUAUUGGAAACCACUGUGGACAACCAAAAGCAGCUCCACUCUCAGUUAGAGACAACACAAUGUCAACCGCUGAUGAUAAUGGUGAGAAACCGUUCACCUGUUCCGACUGCGGCCGGAAAUUCUCUCGGAAGGGGCACUUAAAAAAACAUGUAAGAACCCACAAUGGUGAGAAACCUUUUUUGUGCUCGGUUUGUGGCCAAAGAUUUUCUCGGAAGGGAGAUUUACAAAACCACAUAAGAAUCCACACUGGUGAGAAACCUUUUUCGUGCUCAGUUUGUGGCCAAAGAUUCUCUCAUAGGGGAACCUUGAAAUUACACACAAGAACCCACACUGGCGAUAAACCUUUUGCCUGUUCAGAUUGUGGCCGAAAAUUCUCUCAGAAGGGAAACUUACAAAUGCACAUAAGAACCCACACUGGUGAGAAACCUUUUUCGUGCUCAGUUUGUGGCCAAAGAUUUUCUCAUAAGGGAAACUUACAAAUGCACGUAAGAACCCACACUGGUGAGAAACCUUUUUCAUGCUCAGUUUGCGGCCAAAGAUUCUCUCAAAAGGGAAACUUACAAACGCACAAAAUAACCCACACUGAGGAGAAACCUUUUGUUAGGUUAAUUGUUUUUAGUUAUGAUACAUUUGCAUAGUAUUAAUGAUAAAUUGAUUAUCCCUGCAAUGAUAAAUUGAUGAUGCCUGCAAUGAAGAACGCUUAUGCUUUUAAUAAAGAUAUACCUGUAAUUCUUUGAAAUAAUACAUACUCACAUUGCUUAGCGCUUGGCGCACUGUGUGGCAGUUGAGAGACGCAUGAUAAGUAUGAAGACUAAACAGGAGCAAGGUUGAACGUGGAUGGCGCAAUCAACGCCAUCUGCAACUUGAUGUUUUUGUAACAAUUGCGCACAUGUAUGUAAUUUACACUCACAUUCACACACAUAGUCAAACAAGUUCAGUGUGUCUUCAACUGCCCCCACCCUUUAGGUUGGACACACCUAUGUAUUAGAUUCCCAAUAAAUGAGAGGGCGAGCGGGGAGAUCCUUGGGUAACGUGCAGAGAACUGAAACCUAAUGCUUCUCCUCGUUCCCCCUUGGUACCAGAA